AUGCAGCUACCACACCACAGACGUGUUGUGGAUAAAUGUACCCCACGGGACAAAUAUGCGCGGACGCAUAUACAUCUACAGAAUUCAUUCCUCUCAAGCUCUGAUGAUUUGAGUGUAAGGACUCCAAGCGCACCUUGGGUCCACGCGUAUAACUCACGACAACGAUCGCAAUCUUCCGCAGAUACGCAAGGCUGGAAGCAUCUGCCAACUCCCAUCCGACCAACCUUCCGCCCGCGUGAUUAUGCAUCACCGCUCACUGCGGAUAAUGACAUUGUCUCUCCCACGAACACGUUCAAAGUCCUACGACGCUCGUUGCAUAACCUUGAUUUUGACCCAACUUGCCUUGAUCGCCUCGAUGAACAGCUUCUUCUUUCGCCCACAGAGUCAUUCGUUGACGUAUGUUACUCUGAAGCUAUUCAUGAUAAUAAUAUCCCUGUCCCUAUGCUCCAGCCCAUCCAACCUCGUAUCCGUAAAGACGCGACGCUAUAUGACCGUACAGCUGCCACCGAUGAGGACCCUUUCCACGAUUGGGAUGAAAAUUACUCCGUCAAAUUCAAAAAGGCUCGCAGGAAACCGUUGCCCCCACCUCCGCUUCCACAACUGCCCGAAGAAUCACUUCCCAGAACGAGUCACCAGGACUCGAUGCUCGCUCUUCUGGAGUCACAUAUCCUAUAUCACAAUCCCAACGAAUCUGUUCACUUUUUCCCAGUAUCUACGCAACGCUGCAGUGGGGAAUCGCGAAAAUCCUCUCUCGAAGCCCCCUCCGUCCACUCCACGGGGUCGAAUGGCAGAUUCAGGCGCAUUUCUGAUGCACUGACCGGUCGUUCUCGAAGACCCACUGCUUAA